AUGACUACCUCAAAAGCCAUUCUUAUCACCGGUGCCACGGGCAAACAGGGCGGCUCUGUUCUGAGUCAACUUGCGAGCCAUCCUACUGCUCCUCAGUUCACGAUCCUGGCUGUGACCCGGGACGCGAGCAGUGCCUCAGCCAAGCGCAUCGUCGAGCGCCACCCCAAAGUCUUACUCGUGCAGGGAGAUCUGGAUGAUGUCCCAAGUCUUUUCGCCUCCUCCAAGUCCACCCUCAAACAAGCUGGCCAAUCGGAACAGAUCUGGGGUGUAUACUCAGUCCAGAUCUCCAUGGGGCCUGGCGUCACUACAGAGUUCGAAGUGAAGCAGGGCUGCGACUUGAUUGACGAAUCUAUUAAGGAGGGGGUUACCCACUUCGUCUAUUCGAGCGUAGACCGCGGCGGUAAUGAGCACAGCUUCAACAACGCGACACCGAUUCCCCACUUUCAGACUAAGCUCGAGAUCGAGAAGCACCUACUCGAUAAAGCAGGCAAGAGUGGCGAGAAGAUGGGCUGGACUAUCCUAAGGCCUGUCGCAUUCAUGGACAACCUUGAACCCGGAAUGAAGUCCAAGGUCUUCCUUACUGCUUUGAGGGACACCCUGAAGGGUAAGCCCAACCAGUGGGUAUCGGUUGAGGACAUUGGCAUCUUUGGCGCGCGGGCUUUCAGGGAACCGAAAGAGUGGAACGCUCGCGCCGAGGGCCUUGCUGGCAGUGAGCUCACCAUGGAAGAGAUGAACGGGUGCUUUGAAAGGGCGAUUGGCCAACCAGUACCGUACGCAUUCAGUUUCAUGGGGUCCGCUCUGAUAUGGGCGGUCACCGAGGUGAAUGUCAUGAUCAACUGGUUUGCCGAUGAGGGCUACGGCGUUGACACUGCAAAGCUGAGGAAGGAAGAGCCACAGUUGUGUGACUUUGAGAGGUGGCUGAAGGAGAGGAGCGGAUGGAAAGACCAGGCGAUCAAGAACUAG